AUGUCCACGCAAGACGAACGGCAAGGCCAAACCUUAGAACUCGUCUCCGUCCCCCUCAAACACGGCUUCGACCUCACCCAAGGCGAGGGCCUCGAAAUCCUGCGCAAGUGCCAGAACAUCAUCUCGUCACAACCCGGGUGCAAGGCGCUCUUCUGGGGCCGCCGGAUCGAGCACCCGGACAUUGUGCAACUCGUCGUGGAAUGGGACGACAUCUCUUCCCACAAACGCUUCCAGUCCUCCCCGCCCUACGGCCCCUUCAGGCAAGCCCUCACCCCGAUCCUCUCCGCCCCCCUCAAAAUCCACCACAUCCUCAUCCCGCCCUCCUCCACCCCUUACACCAUCCCCCUCUGCGCCCCCGUCACCGAGUGCCUCGCGCUCUACUUCUCCCCCUCGUCCCCGCACCUCGACACCUUCCUCGCAAACAACUGGGCGUCCUUUUCCUCGGCGCUGCAGGCGGAAGCACCGGAGUCGAAGGGGAUAACGGGCGGGUGGGCGAUUGAGAAGACGGUGGCGAGCGAGCGGAUGGGGGCGGAGGGGGAGGCCGGGCCCGCGAGGGAGUUUGGCGGGUUCAUCGGGUGGGAGAGCGUCGAGGAUCAUAUGGCGUUUCGGUCGCGCAAGGGGUUUGAGGGGGUGGUGGCGCAUUUGAGGGAUGGGCCUGAGGAUUUGGAGAUGUGGCAUGUGAGGUUUGAAAGGUUUAAGUGA